CUGAUCCAAAUGCUACCGAUCAUAGCUCACAAUUAGGAUUUAGUUACACGAUCUAGAUGUUAUCGAUCAUAACAUACAAGCAGGAUCCGCGUCUCGAUAUCCAGUUGCAUGAUCCAGAUGCUAUCGAUCAUAGCCUACAAGUAAGAUCCACGUCCUGAUCAAAUUGCUACAGAUCACAACCCACAAAUAGGAUCCAAUUACACGAUCCAGAUGCUAUCGAUCAUAGCCUACAAGUAGGAUUCAUGUCUUGAUCCAAAUGCUAUCGAUCAUAACCCACAAAUAGGAUCAAAUUACACAAUCCAGAUGUUUUCGAUCAUAGCCUACAAGUAGAAUCCGCGUCCCGAUAUCCAGUUACAUGAUUCAGAUGCUAUUGAUUCUUCCUGUGACAACGAGGACAUUUGUUCUCUGAUCUUCACGCCGAAAGUGCUGAAGCCGAGAUGCUGAAGAAGUGGGUCUAGGAAGGAGUGUCGAAAGCUUGAGUGCCCAUUUGGAAGGACUAAGCUGCAGCGAUGAGAACAACGACAAAACGUUACCACCUCUAAUGUUUCCCUCAAUCUUUGCUCCGACGAAGAAGAAACGUUACCGCCGCCACACUUCACGGUAGAUCCAGGAGAUGGAAGCAUUGUCUAAGGAAUGUCCGCACCCAGAUGAUAAACAACGGCUUAGGUUAAGCCAGGAGCUUGGCCUGAAACCUUGCCAGGUGAAGUUCUGGUUCCAGAAUCGCCGAACACAGAUGAAGGCACAAAAGGACAGGGGGGCGGAGAACGAUAGUCUGAAGAAUGAGAACUACCGGCUGCAAGCGGCGAUCCACGUUAUAUGCCCUAGUUGCGGCGGACCAGUGAUACUUGGCGAAAUGUCGUUUGACGAGCACCACCCCCGCAUAGAGAACGCUCGCUUGAAGGAAGAUAGCCAAAAUAAACCAAGAAAUAACGUUUUUUCUUCUAAAGGGAAAGUUCCUCCCUUCCCGUCCCUCAAGAAGGCCGACGAGAAGUGUGUUUUGACGAUCCUCCAAUGAUUAUCAGU